UAAGGCUUAACCCGUUAACCGAACACAACAACAGAGCACUCUGCCGCUUCCCACUCCACUCGCCAUGGCGGAAACCUUCGCAGGCCUCCGCAUCGUCGCCUCCGCCGUCCCUCAGCCUCGAACCCUCCACUGCUGCCUCCUCCGCACAGCGCUCCGCGGCGGCCAGUUCCGGGGCGGCCGGCUGCGCGCCCGCGCCGCGGUCGCGGGGGCGCCAGAGGUGGACGACGACGAUGCAAUGAGCAUCGACAACCUUCACAGGUUCUUCGACCUCAACGUCGGAAGAUGGAACGGAUCCUUCUAUCAAUUCGACGCGCAUGGGAGGGUGCUGCAGGGCAUUAGCACGCGCUUGUCCGUGAGCACGUACGGAGAGGACGACCUCAUCAGCCUCCUGCAAUCGCUGUAUAUUAAGCAAGCUUCCUCUAGGAUAUCAAUUGUUGACGAGGAGGAUUCUGAACCAGAGUGGGUAGAGUACAAAAUCAAAGAGACAAACAUGUUCACUGUGGACAAGUAUCAGCAGAUAGGAUUCUUUCCUAAAGAGAAGGCGUUCGCACUGAGGUACCAGACUGCAGGAAUGCUGGAGACUGUACUUCGGGUUGGUGUGCUUGGAGAAGAUGAUACUGGUGAAGACUCCCCCAAAAACUUGAAGAUACCUUCUCGUAAGCCAUCUAUUGUAUGCGAGAAUUGUCUUUACUCCCUUGAAGCCAAUGGCCGAGUGAGGGCUUUCCACAUUAUGGACCCGAAGGGAGUGGUCGAUACCCUUCUGGUUUUCCAUGAAAAGCAGGGAUCUAUAGUGUCACAGCCACUUUUCGACUCAUCAGUUGAUCCUGAGAGUGCCAGCAGUAAUAGGAUAAACGCACUACUUGGAAGAUGGGAGGGGCAUUCUGUGACUAAGAGGAGCGGGGUAUAUGGAGCAACCCUUGCUGAGGCAGAUACAGUUGUUGUCCUUGAAAUGGAUGGCAAUGGCAAGCUAAUUCAGGAUACUAAAUCAACGAAAUCUGGAACUAGCACAACAACAACGGUGAACUGGAUAGGAUCAGCAAACAACAAUUUGCUUCAGUUUGAUGGAGGAUAUGAAAUCACAUUGCUACCUGGUGGAAUGUACAUGGGAUAUCCAUCAGACAUCAGCAAAUGCGUCGCCCAGUUAGAUUCUUUCCACUUGGAGUUUUGUUGGAUGGAAUCGCCAGGAAAGAGGCAGCGGCUUGUGCGGACUUACGACUCCGCUGGUCUGGCUGUUUCGUCAACCUACUUUUUAGAGAGCAAAGUAUGAACCACAGGUUCCACCCCCAAAACGUGUGGAAACGAUUUUGUAAGUUUCCUGGCAACCUCACUGAUUAAUUUUGCUUUAUAUUGCUCGGUACACGAUAAUUGAGUAUAUAUUGUCAUCUGUCAGACAUCGCUGUACAUGCAAAAUACAGAAAUGAAUCAGGUGGUUCAUUAAUUCUGCCGAAAUUCUCGGUUGUGUUCCAUUCA